AUGGCCGAAGUUCCCGUCCAAAACGAUGCUCCGGUCAUCUCGGAGUCCGAUUUGGUGAGUAAGGUGCAGAUCGAGCCGACGACGGAGAAGCGCCCGCGCGAGGAGGUGUUCACCCGAGUCCGCCACCCUUCAGCCUGGAGAAAACGCAAAAAAAACGCGCGUGCCACCAAAAACUGACUCGUCGACACCCGCGCAGCCCUCUGUCGAGCAGGCCGCGGCCGCCAUGCAAGCGUUAGUCCGCGCGCCGGCCCCGGCCCCGAGCGUCCCGGCCCCGCCCGAGUCGCCGCGCCAGGCCGACGAGGAACGCAACCGCGAACGCAACCGCGGCUACGCGCGCGCCUACCGCGAGCGCAAGCGCCUCAAGCUCCAGACGCUCGAGAACUGCCGCCAGGAGCUCCUCAAGGAGAACGCGCGGUUAUUGGAAGAGGCGCAGGCGCGCGACCGCAAGGAGGCGGCCCUGAGCGCCGAGCGCGACGCCGCGCGCGACCGCCUCGCGCGCGUCGAGGCCGAGAACCGCGCGCUGCGGGCCUGGAUCCACCAGCUCAACGCGCCGCCGGCGCAGAUGGCGCUCAAGCAACCGAUGAUGGGCAUGGGCGUCGCCCUGGAUCCGCAGGUGCCGCGGCGCGCGGUCCUCGUGCCCCGCGACGCCGUGCCCGUCAGCGAGUAG